CGCGUCUCUCCCGCCCGACACCAUCCCAAUUAACGCUCGCUGCUCUGUACUGUAACAGCAGCUGCUGAGCAGAGCAGUGCAGUGCCGUGCAGCAUGGCGCGCGCCUCGAGCUCGUCGUGGUCGCUGCUCCUUGUGCUGCUCGUGGCGGCGGCGGCGGUCACCUCGGAGGGGGCUAGGGUGGCGGCGGGGAACUGGACGGAGGAGCUGCGGGGCGUAGCGGCGGCCAGGCGGGCGCGUCACCGCGCCCGGCGGCGGGUGUUCGAGAACGGCCUCGGCCGGACGCCACAGAUGGGGUGGAAUAGCUGGAACCACUUCUUCUGCGGGAUCAACGAGGAGAUCAUUAAGGAGACAGCUGAUGCAUUGGUCAACACUGGCCUGGCGAAAUUGGGCUAUCAAUAUGUUAAUAUAGAUGAUUGCUGGGCAGAAUCUGCCAGGGACUACCGGGGUAACUUUGUUCCAAAUAGACAAACAUUCCCCUCGGGCAUCAAGGCGCUCGCAGAUUAUGUGCAUGCAAAAGGGCUGAAGCUCGGCGUCUACAGUGAUGCUGGAACACGAACAUGCAGUAACAAAAUGCCAGGAUCACUCGAUCAUGAAGAGCAGGAUGUGAAAACCUUCGCAUCUUGGGGUGUUGAUUAUCUGAAGUAUGACAACUGCAAUGAUGCUGGCAGGAGGGUCUUGGAAAGAUACACUAGAAUGAGCAAUGCCAUGAAGACCUAUGGAAAGAACAUCUUCUUCUCACUAUGUGAAUGGGGAAAGGAAAAUCCUGCUACCUGGGCAGGCAGCAUGGGCAACAGCUGGAGAACAACUGACGAUAUCGCCGACAACUGGGGCAGCAUGACAUCUCGUGCAGACCAGAACGAUAGAUGGGCUUCCUAUGCCGGACCUGGUGGAUGGAAUGAUCCUGACAUGCUUGAAGUGGGCAAUGGUGGUAUGUCUGAGGCGGAGUACCGCUCUCACUUCAGCAUUUGGGCACUUGCUAAGGCUCCUCUUCUGAUCGGGUGCGACGUACGCUCGAUGAGCCAGCAGACAAAGAACAUACUCAGCAACUGGGAAGUCAUCGCUGUCAACCAAGAUAGUCUAGGCGUCCAAGGAAAGAAAGUGCAAUCUGACAAUGGCUUGGAGGUUUGGGCCGGACCACUCAGCAACAACAGGAAGGCUGUGGUUCUCUGGAACCGACAGGGCUACCAGGCAACCAUCACCGCUCAUUGGUCAAGCAUCGGGCUUGCUCCGUCCACUGCUGUCACUGCUCGCGAUCUAUGGGCGCACUCGUCGUUCUCGGCUCAGGGCCGAUUAUCCGCUUCGGUGGCACCUCAUGACUGCAAGAUGUAUGUCCUGACGCCGAAGUAACUUUCAAAAUAGAAGAGAUGAACCCAUACUGUGGAAUGCAGCCAUUGAUCAGGAUUCAGGAAAAGGGUAUGCAUGCAAGUAUUGGUAGAGCAGGAAAUGCAGCCCAUAAGCUGCAUUGUUGUAACCUGCAAGUGUAAGUGUAUUUAAGGUGCCGUCAAAUGUCGGCGCCUGUAUUACUGAAUAUUUGUAACGAAAGUUGCAACAAUAAAAUGUCUUGCCCACCACUA